AUGACCAAUCCACUAAUUUCCAUGUCUUCAGCUAUCAAUGCAACGGCCCAUGCCCUACCAAAGUAUCCUGGGAAUGUCCCAUUAACGCCUUUCCAGCACUUGUUUUUGUUUGUUGGGUCAGGCCUUGCUGCCGUUCUCAAUCCACGCCGACCCGACCUUGUUGCAGUGUUUGGUGAGGCCUCUGCAGAACCUUACACUGUGCAACGGCUUCGCGACUCAAUGCUUGCUGAUUCUGUUGGACGUCGAAUCUUGCGCGAACGACCACGCAUUACUUCAACUUCGCUAGACCUUGAACGACUGCGAGCGCUACCGAGUAACACGUUAGGCAGUGAAUACGUGCGAUGGUUGGAUGCGGAAAAUGUUUCUCCAGAUACACGGGCAGCAGUACGGUAUAUCUCGGACCCAGAAUGUGCGUACGUGAUGCAGCGAUACCGGGAGUGUCAUGACUUUUAUCAUGCGGUAACAGGACUCCCUGUGGUGAUGGAAGGUGAGGUUGCUGUCAAGGCUUUUGAGUUUGCCAACAUGGGGAUUCCAAUGACUGGGUUGGCUGCGUUUUCAGAACCAUUCAAGCUUAGAACUGAUCAACGACAGCGUCUUCGGGACAUUUAUAUUCCUUGGGCUUUGACAAAUGGCUUAAGGGCCAAACUGUUGCUUAAUGUUUAUUGGGAGGAACAGCUAGAGCGCGAUGCAGACGAUCUACGAAAGGAAUUGGGCAUUGAUCUGCCGCCAAAUAUGCGUGCUCUUCGAAAGCAGGCCAAAAAGAAGGCCAAGUCGGCAUGA